AGGGAACGCCUCUCUCUCUCUUCAGAAUCCAGAUCUGCUUUGUAGUUUUAUAUCACAAGCCAACCCCGCACGUCACGUAAAUACACAUUAGGGCAAUCGCUUCUUUUUGUUCCAAGUAAUCUGUUUUUUUCCUUGAAUUCGACCGAACCCUUGUUCUGAGAUUCCCGAAAGCGUUCGAAUUUAUGUUCAAAAUCCGUACUUUUCCUUGUUGGGAGUAGCUUCUGGACGCUUAGAAGGACAGAGAUGGGAUCGGCCGCGGUUGCGUACUCUUCUUCUCUACAGACCGAUGUGGCGAUCUCAGCUCUGCGGCAGAAGCAUGAACUGGAGCUGGAGAAUCUGACACUGACAACACAACCCUUGAACACGUUGAAGUUCUUUGCCCUCGCCAUUGUUCAAUACAUCAGGCGAUUGAUAUCGUAUCUUUUGGCCCAUGGGGGUUUGUUCAUGCUUUUAAGUACUUUGGUAGCUGCAUUUGGUGUCUUGCUUGUGAUGUUUGAUGGACCUCAUGGAAAGCAUGUGGAAGAACUAUCUGAGUACAUCCGAUAUGGGUUAUGGUGGAUAGCACUUGGUGUUGCAUCUUCAAUUGGACUUGGAUCUGGUCUCCACACAUUUGUCCUUUAUCUGGGUCCCCAUAUCGCCUUGUUCACCAUAAAGGCGACGCAAUGUGGCCGAGUUGAUCUAAAAUCUGCACCAUAUGAUACGAUACAGCUGAAGCGAGGUCCUUCAUGGCUCGAUAAACCUUGUUCUGAAUUCGGGCCCUCGUUAUUUAUAUCAGCUCCUGGAUCUCGUGUGCCAUUGACCAGCAUAUUGCCACAGGUUCAAUUAGAGGCCAUUCUAUGGGGUCUUGGGACUGCUCUAGGAGAGCUUCCUCCAUAUUUUAUCUCAAGGGCAGCAAGUCUUUCUGGGAGCAGAGUGGAUGCAAUGGAAGAACUUGAUGCUUCCUCAGCUGAGGAUAGUGGAUUUAUGGCUACUUUUCUGAACCGAGUGAAGCGGUGGCUCCUGUCCCACUCGCAACAUUUGAAUUUCUUUACCAUCCUGGUGCUCGCCUCGGUCCCCAAUCCUCUCUUUGACCUCGCUGGAAUAAUGUGUGGACAGUUCGGGAUUCCGUUCUGGGAAUUCUUUCUGGCAACUCUAAUCGGGAAGGCGAUAAUCAAAACUCACAUACAGACAAUCUUUAUCAUCUGUGUUUGUAAUAAUCAACUUCUCGACUGGAUGGAGAAUGAGCUUAUAUGGGUACUUAGCCAUGUGCCCGGUUUGGCAUCUGUGCUGCCAGACCUGACAGCCAAACUUCACAGCAUGAAAGCUAAAUACCUUGACGCUCCUCCUCCCGUUCCUUCCCAUAUCAAGGUCAAGAAGUGGGAUUUCUCGUUCGCGUCAAUGUGGAACGGGGUCGUAUGGCUCAUGCUCCUCAACUUUUUCGUCAAGAUCGUGACAGCAACUGGCCAGAGACACCUGAAGACGCAGCAAGAGAAGGAAUUGGCGGCUCUGACCCAUUCAGAUUGAGAAAGAAAAGGUCCGAACCCACUCUUUCCCAUGUUCCAAUGAAAACAAAACCCGAGGAAACCCCGGAAGAGAAGGAAUACCAAGAUAGGAGAAGAGAAGCUGUUUUUCGUUAAUCUUUUAUGGAUGGGUUAGGAAGAAGGAAGGUUGGUUGUAUAGGAAACAGGUGUGAGAUUGCAGGAGAUUUAUUUGGAUCCUGUGAUGAAGGAUGAUGCAAUUGCAGCUUCAGAUGGUAUAAUAGCUAGAAUCCUUUUGUUAACUCUUGAUUUGAACUUCAACAAUUCUUUUGCAAUGCAAAGACAGCCUCUCUCUCUCUGUUUCAAUU